UGAGUUAAACUUCUGAUUUAAAAAUGUACCAAUAAUUUUAGAUUCAAAAUUUAAGAUUUUCUAAAAAUGUGCAUAAUAAAAUUAUCAUGGAUCUAGAGAAUAUCUGCCGCGAUCCAGUAUCGAGUUCAUCAAGUUCAAGCAAAAUAUUCUGCCACAGUCGAUGUAGCCCUUGCCGCUGUUAUGGCUGUUGUGCGCCAUCAUUUUUGAAUGAUCAUACCUAUUCUUUGCUGAAAAGGAUCUGCCAUAAGAUAAUUAAAAGCCAUAGCCGCCAGCAGUGUCGGGAAACUUAUUCAGUUUUCGAUGGAGGUUCGUUGAAGGAUUUGGGCUGGAAAAAGAGACAUAGCGAAGGAAAAAUCGGAAAGGAUCUUCUGCGAGAAGGAACUGAUGAGUGGAAGCUAAAACACAAAACUGAUUUGGGUCCUUCAAAAAAAUCACUAAAAGAUAGGGAUAGUAAUGAUAAAGAAAUUAAGGGAUUAAAGAAAUCAAAGAAAGGAUCCAACGGAAAAACCCAGCAUUCCUUAGGUGAAGGAAGAAGUGAAGCCAAGCCCAGCCAAGAUACAGAUGCAAGUCUUACAUCCAAAAAAUUACGAAAAGAGAAAGGUAGAGGCGGAAAGGAUGAUAAUAAAGGACAUUCCAAUACAGAUAAAGAUGGCUCCAAAAAAUCUUUAAAAGAUGAAAAAGAUGGCGAACACAAGAAAGAUACUCUUAAAAAUGAAAAAACGAAAUCACAAAUCAAUAAGAGCCGAGAUGCAACGAAUAAAGACGCUCCUGAUAAAAGAGAUGCAAAUUUAACAGCGUCUGGAAAGUCACGGAAAGAGGGCAAAGAUGACGAUAAGGAAAGUGAAGAAGAUGGAGAUGGAAAAGAUCCCAAAAAAUCUGGGAAACAAACAGGCAAAACUGAAUCGAAAAAGUCCAGAAAAAAUGGAUCCCGAGAUGAAGAUGAUAAUGAUAAAGAUUCUAAAAAGGGAGAACCCCAUUUGAACGUCGACAAUAAUACUCAAUCUCCGAAGUCGAAGUCAAAACAGAGGGAGCACACGCCUAACAACAAGAUCUUUAAUGAUGGCGAAGGUGAAAACAAUGAGGCUGGUGGCAAGAAAAUGAAAAACGACUUAGCUGAUCAGAAACUAAAACAGGGCACAGUAAAGAAUCUCAAAGAUCAAUCAAAGGAAGAAGUUCACACUGCUGAUGGAUCUAAAGGGAAAUCCGCAAAAAACACUACUGGUGAAACCGAAGACAAAUCUAUCGACAAUAAUUUAAUUAAAGACAUGGUUGACAGAGUAGACUCUAAGAAAACGAAGGGUUCACAUAGCGGAGAUAGUGCAACAAAAUUAAAAUUAAGUAGUGCCGAAGAUAAAAGUAGGUCAGGUGGACAAAAUGAACCGACUUCAGAGAGAGGGUCAGCUAAGAAAGGAAAGGGUGAAAAGGAAGAGAAGGGUGAUGACAGAAAGGAACAUGGAGAAGCCACUCAGAAUGACAGCAGUAUUAACAAAGAGAAGAAAAGGCGCUCUUCCAGUCAAAGUGCCUUGAAGUUAAAGGUUGAGAGCAAGUCCGGGGUACGGCAUGGUAUCAAGGGGUCGAAAAACAUUCAGGUUGACGGGCCCUCAAGUAGAUCUGAGGUAUAUAUGCAGAGGUAUCUCAGGUCUAGUCGCUGCGAUGAAGUUCGGCCGUGUGAUAUCCUUCGUACCCAAUUGGAGCAGCGAGAUCUUUCCAGAUUCUUCCAUUGCUGUCCGCGAACCAACUGUAGGAUGUGCUCUCCAUGUUGUACUGUGCCUUGCGUACCUCGUUGCGGAAAUUUCGGAACAUAAUGAAUAUAUUAAGAAUGCUUCAUUACAUGAGGAUAAAUAUCUAAAAUUAUUGAGUUACCAAA